AUGCGAGGUCAUCGGCAGAAGAGGCCGGUCUUCACAUUCGUCGCAACCGGGGCUACUGGUCUUCCUCAAAAGCGCAAACAAACCCACCAUGCUUGUCAAGACUGUCGGAAACGCAAAAGGCGUUGUACUCACCAGGAGAGCCCCAUACAGCUAUCAGAGCUCGAAAUUAUGUCACCUGCAUAUACCUCGACAGAUUCUAUGACACCCCUGUCGUCGUUGGGCUCUAAAGUUGUGGAUGCCACAUCAACCACCGACAGCACUGAUGCAGAUAGACAAGAACAAUCCCCAUGUGGGGAACUAGAGAGGGGCUCUAGGUUUAUUGGGGAUUUGAAUCCCGAAGGUACAUUGCUGGCAGCUGCAAGUCCAAGUGGGAGUACUGGAACCACUAAACAACAUGAUGUUGGUGUCUGGUUCUCCGACAAAUCCUCAAGACGAAGCGGUGGAUUUUCCCGACUUGCUGUCAAAAAGUCACGAUCUAGUUUCAUCACUUCGCCGGAUCCUUUGAUAUCCUCAGUCUUCUUGCCUCACUUAGAGGACCAUUGUCUAAGCGUUCUUCCUAGUCCGGAUAACUUGGCUGGCCUCACUCACAUUUAUCUGGAACAUAUUCACCCCAUUUUUCCAAUACUGGAUUAUGAAAGUUAUAAAAACACGCCUUCUGAUUCUCCCGAGUGGGCAUUGUUAUCACAAGCAGUAUGUUUCGCUGCCAGUGUGAGCCCGAAUUCGAUACAGUAUCUUCACCUACCCAAGAUGGAUGUUUCAUCCCGCAAUGAGUUCUCUCGAGCCCUCUUCGGAGUGAUAAGAACAUCAUUGGCACUGGGUCUGGUGAAGGACAAAACGGCGCUCAUUCAGGUGUUCGCUAUAAUCUCACUAUUCACACAAUUCUCCGGGGAUCGACAAGAAUCCGCCGAGUUCUUCUCCCGUGCCCUCGCCCAUGCGCAUACCAUGGGUCUGCACCUACAUGGUCAGUCAAAUUCACCAUCUGAAACCAACUCAAUACGUCUGUUCUGCUGCAUGUACGCUUUGGAUAUCCUCAAUGCAGCAUUUCACGGAAGGCCAAUGCAGAUGCAUGCCCGAGAUUUUGGUCGUGAUCUCCAUUCCUGUAUUGCAGCCCAGCAAGGGUGCUUUCGUCUCUUCCUGCGCACGAUUACCUUGAUGGACCGAGUCAUUGAACUUUACCGCCCUUCAUCAAAAGCUGUAUGGGAAGACGGAUUUCCUUUGUUCGAGGACGUGUUAGAGGAAUUCGACGCACUUAGUAUUCCCACACACUUGAUUGUUGCCAUACUGUCCUGUCGCUCGAUAGCCCCUGGCGAUUGUUCUCGUUCCUCAGCAUCAUACCUGCGCCAAAACCUUUCAGCCUUGCGGGUCACAACUAUCGUAGGUGAUGAGUUCCGUAAAGCACUUACUCUAUUCCCGAUUGUCCCAUAUGCUGUUUCACAGAGUCUCCGGGUAUCAUAUCGCAGUCUACAGCAAAGCAAAACAUCAUAUUUCCGAUCACGAGCUCGAAAGCAAGUGGGCUUGAAUUGUGAUAUUCUGAGAGAUCUCGGAGAAAUUUAUCAUUCGGCCUCACUCAUAGCAGACCUAGGAGAACAUCUCUUACGGGGCUCCGAUACUCAUCAAGGCCCAGGUUUCCAAGCUGAUGCUACCGCGCAGCAAAAUCCAGAGCUGCGUACCUCUUCCACCCAUAUAACCACUGGUAGGCACAAGGUUUAUUUGAAUUUUGCCCAAUAUUUGAGCUAA